AUGGCCAUCGUAGCCCGAUACGGGAAGCCUACAUAUUUCCUCACUAUCACUUGCAAUCCACAAUGGCAAGAGUUUCAGGAAAACCUCUACAACGGGCAGGCUGCAUUAGAUAGACCUGAUUUGACAGCAAGAGUUUUGCACGGGAAGUUGCAAGAAUUGUGUGAUGAUCUCUUCAAAAAACACGUACUUGGGGAUGUGGAAGACUAUGUCUACGUUAUUGAGUUUCAAAAACGAGGGCUUCCUUACUGCCAUAUGCUCUCGAUAAUGAAGGAAAGAUGGAAAGUACGGACAGUGGAAGGAAUCAGACAGGGGAUUAUUUUGCACGAGCAUCGCCCAAUACUAGAAAGAACUAGACGAGGAGGUUGUUUUCUAUAG